AUGUCAACGGGAGUCACGCGCGGUGACCAAGCCACCGGGAUUUCUCUGCCAGCCGUACUGCGGUACCGUACCGUACAAUACGUUAUGCGUUGUUCGUUGUUCCCUAGUGGCCAUCCCACAAUUCCAUCCGGACUCUCCCUUGGGUUGGCACGGGUAUGGAUGCUGCUAGUGAGCUUGUUGUGUGCGAGUCUCGUCGUCCCCGCACAAAGUCAGAGUGCCCGCAUUACGGGCUUUUCCUUGCUGAACGCGGACACCCAUCAAGUGAUUCAACCAUUACGCAACGGAGACGACAUUGAUUUGUUCCGCGCCGGAACGACGUUGCUCUCGAUUCGUGCGGAAGUGUCCGGAUCACUCGAGGGAGGUUCCGUCCAGAUGAUCCUGAAUGGACGAGUGCGCAACUCUCGGAGGCGACAACAACAACAACAACAACACAACGCACAAUACGAGAGUAUCCCGGAAUUGGCCCAGUGGGGUGGACAUUCCGUACAGGCUCGUAUUAUGGAAUUCCCGGACGGCACCGGAAACGUGCAAGACUCCCGUUCGAUUGGCUUUGCCAUCCGCAAUUCGGAUCCCAACGCUCCCACGGCGGCACCCGUCACACCCGAACCUACGACCCCUUGGACCGGCGAAAGUAUCUCCCCCAGCACUGGUGACGGAGAUGACUUUGCCACGGCGGCGCCUACGGCUUCCAACGUGCAGACUCCUCCCACCACACCCACGUCGACGGUGGCCUCGCCUUUUCCUACGGCUCCACCCGUCCCCGUACGGCCACUCGAACCAACCGACGUACACGCCUAUCCCGCCAGUGUUCGGGGAACACUCUCCGGUACCUUGGAACCGUGGAGUAAGCUUACCUUGUGUUUCCUAGCCACUACUACUGAUGACACCAGCGCGACCGCAACGACAACCUCCGCAUUCACCCACGAACGCAACGAAACCGUCAAUCCCUUUACGGACAUUCGCCUCGACGUCACCUUUACCGCGCUCGAAGAACCCGUGGAACUCGUCGUUCCGGGAUACUACGCGGCCGAUGGCCACGCCGCCCAUACACACGCUACCGCCGGGGCCGUCUGGUGCGUACACGCCACCCUGCCCUCGGAAGGCUCCUGGAUGUGGCGCGCCAACUUUUGGCACGGUGCCAACGUCGCACUCUUUGACGUCAACCACGGAGGCGUCGUCAAAACACCGCUCUUUCCCGUACACGGGUCCACCGGACAAUUCAUCCUCACGCCAACCACCGCCAACGGCGACGACGAAGACGACCUGGCCACGGGCCGGGCUGUUACCAACGCCACGACACCGCGGCGGACGCGGGGACGACUCCAGUACGUGGGAGAACACGCGUACAAGUACCCCAGUGGCAACGAUUGGUGGUUGAGUUUCGGUGCCGCGAGUCCGUCCAACGGUCUCGCGUACGAUCGCUUCGACGGAACCACCAAUGCCGGGGAACGCCGCAAAUCCUGGACACCCCACGCUGACGAUUACGUAUCCGGCAAUCCGACCUGGGCCGGUGGACAAGGCCGAGAACUCGUGGGUGCACUCAACUACUUGGCGAGUCAGAGUUUGAAUCUCGUGACAUUUUCGACCUUGACCUUGGGUGGACCGGACGGUAACGUUUUCCCGUUUGUGUCACCGCAACCAUCGGAUCGAUUCCGUAUGGACGUUUCCAAACUGGCGCAAUGGGAAGUAGUGUUCCAGCAUGCCGAUGAACUCGGGUUGCUGCUGAAUUUGCGACUCGAGUCCGAGUCCGCAGCGGACGUCCUGGAUGGGAAAGCUGGCGUCUUGGGACUUCGACGACGCUUGUACUAUCGUGAAAUGAUUGCUCGAUUUGGUCAUCAUCUUUCCCUGAUUUGGAAUUUGGGCACCGCAACAGCUACGGCUAGCUUCAGUACCGCAAACCAGCAAUCGCUGACCAACUACAUUCGGAGUGUGGACCCGUACGAACAUCCUGUGGUUUUACAGACGCCAUCGAACCAGCAAGCCGAAGUUUACGAAGCCUUGUUGUCGAGUUCGAAUGUAGCCGUGGAAGGAACCUCGCUAGCUUCCGAUCUAUACGAUACGUUCAACGAUACGCUGAUCUGGAGAUCGUUGUCCGCCGAACAAGGUCACAAAUGGGUCGUCACCAGUGAAUAUCAAGGUUCGCAAGGCGCAACCGCGGAUAGGGAUGAUCCCACGCACGAUGAAUUCCGCGUUGAAGUCCUGUGGGGUAAUCUUUUAGCGGGUGGUACCGGAGUUGCGUACCAUUUUGGUGACGAAAGGGGCGACAGCAGCGGGUGUUCCGACUUGGCCUGUCAAGACUGGCGCAGUCGGGAGGCUUUAUGGGGUCAAUCACGCUAUGCUCUGGAAUUCUUUCGUGAAAACAGUAUCCCGUUUUGGAACAUGGGCAAUUCGAACGAGCGCUGCACGGACGGCAAUCGAUGCUUUUCUAACGACGAAUUUGUUGUGGUGCAGGUCCUACGAACCGACACACCCAGUCUCGUCGACUUGACGACGCCGUCUCCCGUCGUCGCAACGUACAGCUUAAAGUGGUUUGACCCACUCCUCGGCGGACCCCUCCAGGAUGGCAGUGUUGCCUCCGUGUUUUCCGGUCCUGCACAGGAUCUUGGCACUCCACCAACUUCAACUGGCCAGGAGUGGAUUGCUUUGCUCACACGCAACCGGUUGCCACCCACGACAGCCCCAACAAUUUCGUUGGCCCCAACACAAAGUCCUCUUCUGGUUGUGGUGCCUCCGACCCACGCACCUCACGUACCAGGGACACCCACUGGUACACCCAUAGAGAUGCCCUCGUUCAGAGAGUCUGAUUUCCUUUCCAGAACCAUUGAACCGACCUCUGGACCCCCUAGUGAAGGCGUGUCGAGUGCCGUGGCUCCUACGGCGAAUAUCAGUGCCGUUAUUCAAUGGAUUCUUUUAUUCUUGAUCUUGGGGCUGGUACGAGUGAACCCAUAA